AUGCAGAUCUACUUUACCAAUGUCAUUUAAUGCAAUGAGCCUUAAAAGUGUGUUCAGUUUUAUAUUUUGAUAGCUUUUAUAACAUUCCUGAAAUAUAAGAGUGCCUGUUUUAGUUUUAGAAAGAUUAUUGCAGUUAAAGUGGCAAUGGGAUUUGAUGGUGAAAGGGUUAAAAUAGCAACGAUUCUGAUAGCAUGCUGCCUGUGAAGGAAAGCAGUACUGUAUUCAGCUUCCACAGCUACAGUUCCUCUCGCCUGCACUCUCUGCGUCUCUCUUGCAGUUACUGUUAGGACGGAGAAGGCAGCUAAUGCAACACUAAGCUAGCCCCAUGAAUGAAUAACUACAUGAUUAUUAACCUCCUUGUUUAUGGGCUGUAAUUUUUUUAAUUGAGAAGAACUGCCCUACAAGUAGCACUGACCUGGGUUCUGAGAAGAAGAUAAAGGAAGAAAAGGAAGCUGUGUCAAAUAGGAAGUCUCUUUCCUUUUCUGUUGGACUUUCUGAAUACAAUCAGGGAUUGCGACAAGAAAGUGGAAGGGUUUCAUAUUCCGAUAUGGAGUUCUCAAGAAACAAGUUUUAUACUGUUGGAAGAAGCCACAAGUUGGAGUGUUGAAUAUUCUGUGUCUUAUGAUCAGUUGUUUUUGCUUGUAAAGCCUUUCUAACUUUCCUUGGUACUUGCUUGCACUUCAGGUAACUUUUCAGGUCUUUACUGACCCUGAUUCUUUUAUCAUGUGCGGAUCCUCUGUUGCCUUCUGAGUGAGACCAUGGUUAUAAACUGGAUUUUAUUUCUUGUAGCUGGUUUCAGUGUCUGUUCACAUAAAGCAGAAGGCAAGGCAUAUAAUCUCACAAUGGCGGUGCUGCUACCAGCAAGUAAUACAUCAUACCCAUGGGCUUGGCCAAGAGCUGGACCUGCCAUCAUGCUAGCCAUAGACAAAAUCAACAAAGACCCGAGCCUUUUACCAAACCACAGUGUCUGGUAUGUAUUAGGAAACAGUGAGGACCAGUGUGGUGUGUGUUCUGACUCUGUGGCCCCCUUGGUAGCCGUGGAUCUGAAACUUGCCUACAAUCUACAUGCAUUUAUUGGUCCAGGUUGUGAAUACACCUCUGCACCUGUGGCUAGGUUUACGGGGCACUGGGGGGUUCCCCUAGUUACUGCUGGAGCAGCUGCUUACGCUUUCAAUGGAAAGGCAGACUAUUAUGGUUUGGUCACACGGACAGGACCCAGCCACAGAAAGCUUGGUGAGUUUGUGGGUCACAUUCAUCAGCAAUAUAACUGGACUAACAGAGUACUAAUCAUCUACAGUGAUGAGAAAACUGAUGACAGACCCUGCUAUUUUGCAGUGGAGGGACUAUAUGUGGAGUUUCAGAACAACAACAAUAUCACAUUCUCUGACGUACCAUUCAAAGAGAAGGAACACAUAAGCUACAAUUCUUUGAUGCAGGAAAUAAAACAGAAAGGAAGAAUUGUGUAUGUAUGCUGCUCUCCUGAUGUUUUUCGUCAGCUGAUGUUGCAUGCUGGACGUGAACAGAUGCAUAAAGGGGAAUAUGCUUUCUUUUACAUUGACAUCUUGGGAAGAAGUCUUCAUGGUGAACAGUACCCAGAUCCCAAAAGGCCGUGGAUGAGAGGAGACAAUGAUGACAUUCAAGCAAAGGAGUUCUUCCAGGCAGUGAUGAUAAUAACUUAUCAGGAACCAAAUGACACGGAGUACAGCAACUUUGUGGGAGAGCUGAAAGAUUAUGCUAUCACUCACUUCAAUUUCACUAUUGAAGAUUCUCUGGUAAAUUUAUUUGCUGGAGCAUUUUAUGAUGGGGUUCUGCUGUAUGCCCAUGCAGUGAAUGAAACACUCAUUGAUGGAAAGAUCAAUCCAAAUGGAACAGUAAUCACAAGGCAGAUGUGGAACAGAACAUUCCAUGGAGUGACUGGUAGUUUGAAAAUUGAUGAAACAGGAGAUCGGGAGACUGAUUACUCUCUUUGGGAUAUGUCCUGUCCAGAGGAUGGAGCCUUUCAGGUUGCCUAUAAUUACAAUGGAACUUUAAAGAAGAUCAUCCCAGUCCCUGGAGUGGAAAUUCACUGGCCUGGAAAUACAAUCCCAAAAGAUACUUUACCAUGUAGCAUUGACAAAAGCAAUCCUGCCUGUCUGCAAGAUAAUUUCAGCACCUUGGAGAUCAUGGCAAUUGUUGUGAGCCUGAUUCUUUUUGGCAUAAUGAACAUCUCCUUUGUCAUUUAUCGGAGGAUGAAGCUGGAGAAGGAGCUGGCUGCAGAGCUCUGGAGGAUUUGUUGGGAAGAUAUUCAGAUCAGUAACCUGGAAAAGAACCUCCGCAGUGCUGGGAGCAAACUCACCCUGUCACUGCGAGGCUCAAACUAUGGCUCCCUUGUGACUGCAGAUGGACAUUAUCAGUUAUAUGCAAAAACUGGAUAUUACAAGGGAAACAUAAUUGCCAUCAAGCACAUCAAUAGGAAACGGAUUGAGCUCACACGGGAUGUCCUCUUUGAACUUAAGCACAUGAGAGAUGUACAGAAUGAACACCUGACACGAUUUAUUGGGGCAUGCACAGACCCUCCUAAUAUUUGUAUCAUUACAGAGUAUUGCCCCCGGGGAAGCCUGCAGGACAUUUUGGAAAAUGAAAGCAUCACAUUAGAUUGGAUGUUCCGGUAUUCCUUAAUAAAUGAUAUUGUGAAGGGUAUGGUUUUCUUGCAAAACAGUGUCAUUGGUUCCCAUGGAAACCUCAAAUCUUCAAAUUGUGUCGUGGACAACAGAUUCGUCCUAAAAAUCACAGAUUAUGGGCUCGCAAGCUUCAGAUGUUCGACCGAUCAGGAGGAUUCAUAUGCUUUCUAUGCAAAAAAGUUGUGGACAGCUCCAGAGCUGCUGAGGGUCGAAAGUCUGCUUCCUCAAGGAACCCAGAAAGGGGACGUGUACAGCUUUGGAAUUAUUCUCCAAGAGAUUGCACUACGUAAUGGAGUCUUUUAUCUUGAAGAACUGGAUCUUAGCCCCAAAGAAAUCAUUGAGAAAGUGAGGAACAAAGAACACCCACCCUUCCGUCCCACAGUGAACAUACACUGCCACACAGAAGAGCUGGGCCUAUUGAUGCAGAAGUGUUGGGCAGAAGAUGUAACUGAAAGACCAGACUUCAAUCAAAUUAAGGUCCUGCUGCGAAAAUUCAAGAGGGAGUGCAGCACCAACAUUUUGGAUAACUUGCUGUCUCGAAUGGAGCAGUAUGCUAACAAUCUGGAGGAGCUGGUUGAAGAAAGAACACAAGCAUACCUUGAGGAGAAAGGCAAAGCCGAGGCUCUGCUUUAUCAGAUUCUGCCACAUUCUGUGGCUGAGCAGCUAAAGAGGGGAGAGACAGUCCAAGCCGAAGCCUUUGACAGCGUUACUAUUUACUUCAGCGAUAUUGUGGGUUUUACUGCACUGUCAGCAGAGAGUACACCAAUGCAGGUUGUCACAUUACUGAAUGAUCUCUACACCUGCUUUGAUGCCAUAAUUGAUAACUUUGAUGUUUAUAAGGUUGAAACAAUUGGGGAUGCCUAUAUGGUUGUGUCAGGUCUGCCAGUACGAAAUGGGAAAAUGCAUGCCAGAGAGAUUGCUCGCAUGUCUUUGGCUCUUCUUGAAGCUGUGAAGUCAUUCAAGAUUCGGCAUAGACAAGACCAGCAGCUAAAACUACGCAUUGGAAUCCAUAGUGGGCCAGUGUGUGCAGGGGUGGUUGGUUUGAAAAUGCCUCGCUACUGUUUGUUCGGUGACACUGUGAACACAGCCUCACGCAUGGAAUCUAAUGGAGAAGCUUUGAAAAUCCAUGUGUCACAUGCAACAAAGGCAGUGCUGGAAGAGUUUGGCUGCUUUGAACUGGAAUUCCGAGGGGAUAUUGAAAUGAAGGGCAAAGGGAAAGUGAGGACUUAUUGGCUUCUUGGAGAACGACUGAGCAGCACCCGUGGCUGAGUUGCAAUCCCAAGUGCAGUCUUUAUCCUUGUUUCUCAGUAAGGUCAGCAAGUCCGGUGGGAUCAGUGUGCUUUACUCUGUCUGUCUUGCUCUGAUCGCCAUCUUCUCAGCCCUUGAAGAGACUGUUUGGUUGUCUGAGAGCUGCUCCACUACUUUUUAGCAGCACACAAUAACUCAUGAAGUUCAUGCUGUUUCUGAUGCCUUCUUUUGGGGAGAAGCCUUCCUUGAUUCAUGCAACUUGACUGCCUUGGAUAUCAGACAAUAAAUAAAUAAAUUCUAAUGGAUUUUCUUCUUGAAAAAUGGAAAUUGUCUCCCCAUAUUAAAUAAUGUUCACUUAUUUCAUGGAUUUCGGAGGCAAGGAAGCGUUUAGUUAUCAAUGAUUGUAAGAACAUUUACCAUGCAUUGUUAUGGAACUUUUAAAUAAGAUAUAUUUGAUAUCUGAAAUAUAUACUUGUUUUGAAGGUGAGGAACGAAUCCAGUUUCAGCACAUCUCAGGAAUAUCUUGGGGGGUGCAAGUAUGCAAAUAAUGUCAAAUUUACAUGGAAGAAAGCUAAGAGCCUGCAGGCAACUCUACAAAUAACUCGCUCAUUUACAAAUAUUUAGGCAUGUUUUAUCAACUAUCGGUAGAAAAAUUAGCAGGAUAACCUCAACCUCUUCUUCUUAGAUUAACACUGGCAUUCAUUAAGAGGUAUGUCAACUCCUAUUAGCAAGGUGUAUGACUCUGAAACCUGAAAAUGCAGUACCUAAAAUAAAAGCAGUGUAAAUUUGAGUCUUUGAAGGUAUCACAGAUAUAUUCAGUGUAUUUACAGGGACAGGGAAAUUCCAGCAGGGAACCCUGCUAUAUGACACUGGUUUUAAUAUUUCAGGACCAUGAAAAUAUUGAACUCAAGUGUCCCAGCAGAACUACAGAGCUGAAGACCACUCAGCCAGACUGAAUAUAUUAGUCCCACCUCUAAAAGGAUCUAUCAGUUCAUCAGUUUCAGAGCAUCCAGAUGUACAUCUGAUUUUUUUGGAGAAAGAAAGCAGUGCUGGUUCAUGAGGCUGCCUUUCUAGGCACAACCAAUGCUGCACAACUGCACCUUAUUCAGCACAGAAACUUCUGCUUAGAUCCUUGCUUCUGUUUUAAAUAGGUACAUCUAAGGUAGCUAAAUGCAUAAGGUAUUCUGGUCAGGACAGGAGUCCUUUAUGUAGAGAUGGCCAUGAUACCACAGUGUUUGCUGAUUCCUAAACCUGAAUCUGGCUCUGGACAUUAUUAUUGUCUGGUUAUUGUCUACAGAGAUUAGUUCAUGAAGACGUAUGCAUUUAUGGACUGCUUCAAGUGAUCAGAGCUAAUUUCCCGGUCUCCAAACUUUCAUUUUAUACUGUUUUCAUGGAUUGAAUUCAGCAUGUGUCUCCCAUUCAGGAAGUUAAUUUUGCAUAGCUUUUGUAAUUGUUCCUCAUUUUUUUCAAAUGUACUGUUUUAUAUUUUAAAAGAAUGAAACACAAGCCCACACGUACAACAAUCAGUCUUGUUUCAGAUGUGCUAGUAAACCAAAAAGGUCCUGGUGCCUUCUACAAAAAUCCUAAUAAGUAUAAGCACUGACAUUAACUGAAAGUAUUGCAACUGCAUGUACUGGGAAAGAACAUGGCCCUAACCAUGAUCCUCCUGUGUGCCCUGCUUUCCAAUCAUCAACACAACCACAUGUACUGGGAAAGAACAUGGCCUUAACCAUGAUCCUCCUGUGUGCCCUGCUUUCCAAUCGUCAACACAACUGCAUGUACUGGGGAAGAACAUGGCCCUAACCAUGAUCUUCCUGUGUGCCCUGCUUUCUAAUUGCCAACCCAACUGCAUGUACUGGGGAAGAACAUGUCCCUAACCAUGAUCCUGCUGUGUGCCCUGCUUUCCAAUCAACACAACUGCAUGUACUGGGGAAGAACAUGUCCCUAACCAUGAUCCUCCUGUGUGUCCUGCUUUCCAACUGUCAUCAUAAAAGUGUCUCCAGCUAAACUCAGUCAUUUAAACACAACCAGGAAAAGGAAAGAUUUUUCCAGUAGCUGAGGCCACUUGCUAAGUCAAUGAACAAUGAAUGACACUAGCCAUAUCUUGCCCUUCCAAUAUUUCCUUUUAAAUUAUAUGCUUCAUAAAGAUCCAUUAGGUACACACAUUAAAGACGAUACAUGCUCAAAUGUAUUUGAGAAGUACAUUUGAAUCAUUAAGACAUGACAUGGAAUAGAUUAUUACACUAAUAAAAUAGCACUGAGUAGGUAUACAAUGAAUAUUAUGAAGUAAUCCUUUCUUCCAAAAAUAUAUAUUUUAGUCCUGUUUUGUAAAUAACUUUUAUGUUGCUUUAAUUGGUUUCCUGAAAGGCAUGUAACAAUGCUAAACAGCAAACUCCAUCUUCACUGCUAAACCUUUCUGAUGUAUAACUACUAUGUCUCUCAGGGGCAUACUUGGAUUUAGUAUCAUCACACUAUACUGCUUUAGUAAUUUUGUUAUUCUACAGUUUCAUCCUUUAGUAUAAACCACUACAUUUCAUUGAUAGAUACACCUGUUUCUAUACACCCAUCCUCUCUGUUAUAUCCACUUGACAAACCAUCCAUUGCAGGUCAGAGCUUCUUGGCUUUAUUAUAUCUUCCUUCCACGUUGCCAUGUGACAGACGCUGUAAAUACUUAAGUCAUUCACUCACACUCUGAUAUUAGACCUUUCUCUAACCCUUCUGUUUUUCUCUGAGGCCUUUAAAGAAAUUGUAGCAGAGAGCAGUUCCAAUAUUUAACAAAACCUGCUUUUGAUAUAGCUAUAUAAUAUUUUUCAAAUUCUUUUUAUAUAUACUGCCUUUACAACAGUUAUUACAUUAUCUGUUUUCUUCAUCCUAUUUCUCAUCACAUACUCCUGUGAGAAAGGGUAUAAUGAUCUGUUUGCUCUUCUCUUACCUUCCAUCUCCUUCCCUUCCCGUAGUCAGAUGAUGUCAAUUUCCUUUUCACAUUUUAGAAAGAUGACCCUAAUUUUCCAUCUAGCAUCUGUAACCGUUUAAGCAUGUUCACUGCUUCGUUUUAUGGAGAGGUAUCUUGAGUCUUCAUCCAUUUCUAACAUUCCCAAUUAUUAUAAUCACUUAUGAUAAUGAGGUAGCUAAUAGAGUUCCAAGGACAAGGUGAUAAUCAGCACAGAACAGUGACAGAUCUGGUAAAUGAGUGGACUGCAGCAUUCAUUCAGUGUAUUAAAAUCUAACAGAAUGCCCCCACUGUGCUGUAGCAUUACCUGUUUAGAAAAGUGUAAUCAUGUCUACAGGUUUCUGCUAACCCUUUAUGAUUACUAAAGUGCACCAGAUAGAUCAUGUGUUAUUUAAUCCCACUUCCAUAAGACCCAUCAUUCAUAAUUGCUCAAGAUGUAAAUGGAAUCCAGAGUACCAGACCUAAAUGAAAAUUAUAUCUGUCUCUAUCAUGAUCUGCCAUUACAUGCACAUUGAAUGCAUACAAAGACAGCCAGAACAUUAACAUAUCCAGACACUUCUGUAGAGGUCAUAACGUUACAGUAACCUUACACUGACUAGAACUUUCAGAACUGGUAUCAUCCUCAUCCCACAACAUAUGUCAUUUAUUACAUAGCUGAAACGGGUGAAAAUUCUACCCCUUUCAGCCGGAGUUACUUGGCUCUGCUAGUUACACUGAAAAAUGUCAUGAAGAAGUCUGCACUGAAUGACUUUUUCAACCUGUUUUGCAAUUGCAGAAACUACUGUUAUUCCACAUAAUUCCAAUAUAUCACUAGAACUUCCUUAGAAGUGUCCCCUAAAGUUCUGGAACUGCCUCCAUUGUGAAAUACAUGACUGGUAUAGUCUGUCUAGGCAAUGCAUUUGUCAGUGACUGACAGUCCAACUACUUUUUCAGCAUUAGCAGCGUUGCUGCCAUGCUGUGCAAACAUUGUUGACAGGGGUUCCACUGGGUUCAUUACAAGGCACUUGGACCACAUAAAUAUAACAAACAAAUGGGCAUUCAGACUUAGCAUUGCAGUCUCCAAUUUAAAAUGUGUUGCUGGGAUAACUCCUCCAGGGCAGGUAUAUAAGCCCUGUUUUCUUAAUAAAAAGUGAUGAAGCCUUCCAAUUUCCUUUAAAAGAAACAAGCUAAGGCAUGCCAUUUCAUUCCAAUAGAACCAAAAUAAAGGUGUUGUUCUUAACAUAGACCACCUUGGUAGUUUUAUUGCUUACAAGAUUUUUCAUAAUGCUUUGUUAGAGAUCAUUCUGCUCAGGUUACAGUGGGAAGGCUGGCUGUAUACAUUAAAUAUUUACAGUACCUUCAGUCCAUAAUUCUGAAGUAUAAUGACUUCACUGCUUGAAUGUUAGUUAGCCCAUGCGAAUUUUCAGAAGUGUGUGUAAAAUAAUCUUAUAACCUCCUGCCAUGGUUAGAAUUAUUGAACUCAUUACAUGAAUCAUUAAUAUAUUGGUUUAGUAACUUUAUGACAAAAGUCCCUGCCACAGGAUUAGUAUAUCAUAAUCCUACACAUCUCAAUGAAUUGGAAUCUUCAAGCUGUAGGCUGAAUUAACAAUGAUCUGAUUUUUGUUUGGUUUUAAGAUGAGUGGAAAAAAAUUAUUAAAGAUCAUUAGCUCUGACAACUGCAUUUGCAGUCUGAAACAGUCUGAUAUGUACAGAAUUAUGUAGGUGUAUAAGUCAAAUCUCUGUUAUAUCUGAGUCUAAAUGUAUUGAUUUGAACUUCCACAUUAGAAUUCUAAGAAUACUAAAUUGCAGUUUUGAUGUUAUUUACAUUAUAAGAUCAUAACAGGACUAUUUAUUGUUCAGGGAGGCUGGGUUUCUCUGUUUCUGAUCCCUCUUAGUUUACAUCAGAGAAAGGAGUAGGUGAUUUAUGUAACUAAGGAAAGUUUUUACAUCUUAAGAGAUUUCAUCAUAUCAGCAUUGAACAAGAGUCACAGCUCACUUCAUCAGGGUGUGGAACUGAAACGUUUCUUCUGUACUUGUAGCAAAAAAUACUUAUUUUAUAUUUUUCAAGUUCAAUGCCUGUUUAAUGACAUUUUACUCAACUCUUCAGACGUCAUAACUUUAAUUAAUAUAUACUCUUUACAGGCAACUAUUUUUGGUCUUUAUUAUCUAAAAGGCCACUUUUCUUCUGACUACUGUUAAGAAUCAUCUCCCGCAUCAGAGAACAUGGUGUACAGGAUCAUAGGAUAAACUCCUUGGUAAACAAAAAGCAGAAAGUAAAACCAGCCUCAGCUAAUAAAUAUCUUUAGAUCUCUUUGCAGUUCUAAAAUGUAUUCAAAGGAAAAAUUAGAGCACAAGAGUAUGCUGUUGGGCUUUUUUAAUUGACUUUUAUUUCAUUCAUAUGAUUAAGCCAGGUACUUGGCUAAAGUUCUGCAUGAAUCUGAUUAACUCUCUGUUAUAUAACUGAAGGAAUGUGUUUAUCUAGUCAGUUUCUCACAAAAUCAGAAAUAAAUGUGAGUUGACAAAACCUGUGUACUUUCAAGGAAACUAUACAGGUCUAUAUGACUCUGAGCUCUUCUGUACUGAACCUAGUUAAUAUUAUACCUCUUAACGGGCACAUUACAAGUGAACUUUACAAAAUAUACAAUUCAAGCUCUUCUGUGUGAGAAUUGUGAAAGAUUACACACUGUUCCUACAUCUUUAACUAACAAAUUACAACUUUUAACAACUACAACUGUUAAGUUUCAGUAAAACUAAAGUAAGUUGUUAUUUGACUGUAUAAAAUGCUGUAUGAAACAAAGAUGCUAACUUAAAGAAGCACUUAUAGUUAUAAAAGUAAUCCCAAUAAACUCAUGAAAGUAAUUAAAUGUACCUAAUGUUUUAUAGCAUUAAACACGUUCCUUAGACAUAAAACCACAACUGUUUUAGAUGUAACCGUAAAGUAAAAGAUGCAUAUAGAAUGCAUAUAAAAUAAAUUUUAUACUGCAUUGUAACUUAGAUUUUACACAAACACAAAAC